GGCGAGAGCAGCGGCAGGAAGUAGUUGCAGAUGCAGUAGAACAGCGGCACUCUAGACGGAAGAAGGCAAUCUCACCUCAUAACUUACUUUCACACGAUUCUUCACACAUUUGCGUCGUAUCUUUAGAACAGAACAAAAAUCAUGGCGCCACAACACACUCUUGCCACCCUUCUCGAAACUCCCGGACCCGGUGAUGAGGUCCUGAGCUUUCUCCACGGUGCCGAGGUUGCUGGUCUCGCCUGCGUGUCGAAGGAGACGCGCAAAGCCGUCUCGCGGAAAGACGGCAAGCUGCGGUGCGUGAACUUAGUGGUACGCUUCAAGUGCGCUGAGGAAGAUGAUGGAGCUACGCUUGUGGCGCAGCGCCGCGCCCUUGGGCACGUGUUCGCGCGAAUGGAUAUCAAUGCGGUCAGAUCGCUCCUUGUCGAGGUCCGUACAGACUUCACGGAAAAAACCCGCAGAGUUCGCGCCGACCAGAUCCUCGACCAAAUUCAGUCGCUGAUGGGGCCGAGGUUGCGGGAGUUUGGGUUGAUGGUCGUGAAGAGCGCGAAACUGGAUACAGAUGAGCACGAGGGUGAAAGCAUCUAUGUUGACCCGGAGACUGCGGAGAGGGAGCCCUUCCAGCACUUUGCGCGGUCACUCGUCUCGCUCUCGCAGCUCGAAGUGCUUUACCUCCCCGGCUCUUGGGCAUGCCACUCUGUUGAUUUUCCUUCCGGUGUCGACGCGCGGCUGCCCGGGCUGAAGGAGUUGCACAUCACCAGUUUCUUCGAUUUUCACGAGAUUACCUCCGCGUCCCUGGUAUGUGCAGUCCUUGGACAGACACAGACCGCGGGCAAUGGAACAGCUUCUGAACCCCUUCCGCCUCCGGGCUCGUCCGACUGUUGCGGCCUCGCGGUUUUUUCCUGCCGGGCGUUGUCGUGCCAAAAUAUUAAAAUGCGCGAAGCUCUGCCAGCUGUUGGGGCGAGGCUCUGGGAGAAAUGUAUCGCACCGUCGCUUCAAAAGCUCUCUCUCCGCGCGAACUGGGAUGGGGACGACCUCAUGGAGGCGGAUUGGUUCUGGGGAUGCUGCAAGGCCGUGAUGCAUCUCGAAGUAGACUUUUUGUCGGACGAUGGAGGUGAAAAUUUUUUCGGUGGGCGCAACUUUCCCGCGUUGAAGUCGCUGACACUUGCCGACCUGCAAUACGCUAGCGACAAUUGGGUUCGAACGGGGCUGUUAGAAGUUUUAGAGACGUUGAAUUUUUCCAAGCAACAACUGGUUUUCUACAACGCGACAAUAUCGGCGGUCGAACUCGGGUCGAUGUACGCCCGUAUGCACUGGGCGCCCCCCUCGCGAAAAGGAUCAGCGUCGCUCCACAACUGGAAGCUGCGGGAGAAAUUAGGGGACAUCGUGAUGGGCGACGACGAUAUUCAUUCAAGCCCCAUUACUACGACAACCCCCAAGAUUACGACCGGUCCACCGCUUUGCCCUAUGUUGGAAAUUGAAGCUACUGCCCACAGGAUGAAAAAUUGAUCGAGUUGCAGAUCCUCAUAGCCUUCUCGCGCCCACGGUUCCCGAUGUACGUACUGCAAGACUGAUUGCCAAGUGCAGAUUCCUUUUACAUAUUCGAAAGAUCCAGCUACCGCCCUAGUGGUCGCUUUGUCGAGCUACGAAGCGCGCCGGCUGGCAGUGUAGCGUGUCAAAAAAGAUAUGAAAUGUUUUCGACCGCACAGAAAAGGAAGCGAGGCCAUUGAGGUUAUUGAGC